GUGGCCUCUGCCUGGAUCUGGGCCGCCGGGUGCUCUGCAAAUGCAGACCGGGCUUCGCCGGCACCCGCUGCGAGCGCAACAUUGAUGACUGCGCCUGCAACCCCUGCGUCAAUGGCGGCACCUGCCUGGACGGGCCCAACAGCUACACCUGCUCCUGCACCCUGGGCUACGGCGGCAAGGACUGCAGCGUGCGGGUGGACGCCUGCGGCUCCAGCCCCUGCCUCAACAGCGGCACCUGCUACACCCACUUCUCCGGCCACGUCUGUGAGUGCUCGGCUGGCUACAUGGGCUCCAGCUGCGAGUUCAAGGUGCAGAGCCCCAGCCCGGCCAGCAGCCGGCGGCUGGCGGUCGAUGACCCCUUCCCGAUGGCCCUGGCCGUCUCCUUUGCCCUGGGGCUGGUGACCCUGGCCCUGGUGGCAUGCGCCGCGCUGGCG